GACAAAAUCUGCAAGUUCGGAAAGAACAAAAUGAGCACGAGACAGAAGCACCCACCAACAACGGAGACAGAUGAGGAGGAGUCGGACCUGGAACUAGAAAAUGACGACGACUUUCCAGAAACAACCGCAACGCCCGGUGUGACGGAAGAUGAGGUCAAGAAGGCGUUCGAGCGCGAUCUCCAAGAUGCCCGCGAUUUCUCACAGCAGCCCUACAGCUCCGGCGCCGAAAAGAAGAAGGCGCAGAUGGAAUUUGUGAAGAGGCGCCAAGAGGGCUGGAAGCGACAGACGGAGAAGGAGAAGCGCAACUUUUUGCACGUCCUCGCCUACUACGACUACACGCGAAAGCCUGCGUUGCAGUGGCUCAUGGCAAGGGCCAUCCUGAAACUCCCCGAACUCAUGGGCGUCCUCGACAGCACAAAGCGGACGCCAUUAACCGUCGCUAUCUCCGUUGGAAACGAGAUGUUCGUCCAUGCCGCAUGUAAGAACGUCAAGGACGACACCCGGAAGCUCAUCGGAGAGUACCUGGAGGCCGAAUGUGUCGAGCAUGAUAACGAUCGCGAGAUGACCUGUCUUCAUACCGCCAUUGGGAAUAACUUCAACCCGGAGCUCACGUCCAUCAUCAUCAGCUUUGUCCCAGAGAAGAUGUUUUCCGUGGUUGACUUCAAGGGUCGCACGCCGCUCCACCUCGCAGUCGAGUUUGAGAAGUGUUGCGCAACCCAGGUCGGCGUCGUAGCCGAACUGCUGCGUCGUGGGCCCGCCGCCCUGGACGUUCUAACCCACCGGGAUAUGUGGAAACGCUCGCACUCGGUUUUCCAGCACCACGAGAACACCCGCCGCGUCGCCGAGAACAGGAUAUCGCAGGCCCAAACUUCGAUGAAGCGACAGGAGGAAGCGAAACCAUCAGAGGGAGAAACAGAACGGAAAGCGAAGGAGGUUGUCGAAGCAAAAAAGUCCAAUCCGACAAUGCCGACGAGGGCUCUGCAUGGUCAUGGCGAGCCGCGGUCAAUAUCAUCAGCGGCGCCGAGGGGCAGGGGCGACCCGGGAAGCCACGGGGCGGGUUUAAAUAAGGUCGAAUCUCGUUCCGCGUCGCCCAUUCCCGGAGAUCCCGGCAGGGCCCCGCGCCCGCUCGUGAGGGUCGCCACGGGACAUCUGGAAAGGCUAUCUUCAACUGACCCCGGGGGUAAAGGGCUGAAUUCGCCUUCAGUUGCGAAAGGGCUGGAAUCUGCUGAAGACCGAGACAAGGAGCGAGUAGAAAGUGCAGACGCCGUCAAGGAAAUGCUGAAGUUGAUAUACUUGCGCCGGAAAAGGCCCCACGAGGCCGCGCAGUAUCUUCACAUUCAAGACGAGAAAGAAAUGGAACUAUGGUUUGACUUUGGCCCACCUAGGACUGGCAACAUCACUCAAGCAGAAUUUCGCAAGCACUUUGGCCACCUCCAGUUCGACAGGAUCCUACAAUACGUUGCCUUUCCCCGUGUCGAGUUGAAGCGACAGGGUGAUGCCUCCACUGUGAGUGAGCGGUGUCAAGGUCGCCAAGACAUGGAGUUCUUCUUUGACUGGCUUUGGGGCAAAGGUGUCCGGCGUAUCAUCAAGGUAAUUGUGGACGAUCUUGGACACCCGCCGCAUAGCGAUGAGGCCAUUGAGAACGCGCUCCAACCCUUCGGGGUGGAGAUUUUGGAUUGGAGGAGACUUGACCUUGAUCCAACCACGCUGGAGGCCAUCGGGAAAAACCUACGCGAGGUAAAUCUCCGAUGGAGCGGCAGGAACACCGUACUCAGGUCGUGGAGUGAACCCGAAGGCCUCGCCAAGACGCCGACUCUUGAGACAAUACGGAUCAUUCAAGCCAAGGGCCUAAGCUCGCACAAGCGAACAACGAAAAAUCUCGCAGACUUCAAACUCCGAUUGCACGAAUCAUGGCCCGAGGGAUGGCCGAAACCCCAAGUUCACCUGCCCGAAACAGCCAACACCAGUCGCCCACGCACAACUGGACAGCCUGGUGUCCCUCAACAGCCACUGCGACAAGAGCCAAGCAUCGACCCCCAUAGGUGGAUGCAAUGCAUGGAGGAAUUCUCCUCUGCCUUCCGCCAGAUCAAGGGUCUCAACGACCAACGGAGCGACCCAACCCUCAACCCUAUCACCGUAGCCCUCAUCGAUGACGGCGCUGACAUCACCCACCCCGAGCUGAACGGGAAAAGGUUCCCCGGUAAAAGCUUCCACGACUAUACGGACGGUUCCAGUUGGCGCGUCUCGCCCUACUGGCACUCAGCAAGCGGGCACGGUACGCUCAUGGCCAGACUGAUCCAUCGCAUCUGCCCCAGCGCCAUCAUCUACGUCAUCAAGCUCCAGACGUACAAGGCCGCAGAGUCCAACAAGCUCCAAAUCAACCCCGAAAGUACCGUUGGCGCUAUCGAACACGCCAUCGAACAAGGCGUUCAAAUCAUCUCCAUGUCCUGGACCAUGAAACCCCCCGAAAACACCCCCUUGCGCAAUGCCUUCGACACCGCCAUCCACCGCGCAAAGGGAAUCAUCCUCUUCUGCUCCGCCAGCGACCAGGGGAAGUUUCAGGACUUCACUUACCCGCACACUUCCAACCCGAACGGCAGCUUCCGCAUCGGCGCCGCCAAGACAACGGGCAGCAUGGCUGAUUUUGUGGGCGACGCCCACGAGCUGAACUUCAUAUUGCCGGGACACAACGUCGUGGUCAAGGAUAGCGCCUACGCGGAUGUCACAGACAAGGACUUCCAGACGUUUGAAUCACACACGGGCUCCUCGGUCGCGACGGCGCUAGCAGCGGGUCUGGCCGCGUUGGUGAUGGAAUGUGUUAGGCUGGGCGUGUUCUACACGGACGAGAUGAAGUUGUGGGAACCGAGUGUCGCCAUUCGCAAGGACGAUUUACUGGCCAUGAGGGAUCGGUUGGUCAUGGAGUAUGCGCUUUCGUCGAUCGGUGUGAACAGGCAGACGGAUAACAAGUACAUUGAGGUGUGGGAUACCUUUAGCGGCGUUGCGCAGAGGCUGAGGGAGAAUGAAGGGGUGAGGUUGAACCAGCUGGAGAUUAUUGCGGGAUUGGCGAGGAUGUUUUUGAGGAAAGGGGUGAAGACUAUGGGGCCAGGGGCGCUUUUGUAGUGACGGACCGUACUGACUGGUGCACUGAUGGGAGCGGGUGAACCACCUCAGUGUGCCGGGGGGUAGGGCAAGUUGCAAUAGACGGUUUGGAUAACUACACGCAUGGAAUAUGAAGACGGCGUUGGCCACUGUCUUGGUGACUAGCCUCUUCGUAAUUCGCUACAGUCCACCGCGGCAGCCCCGUCUAUCUGCCCGAUGCAUCUGGAAAAUGAAGCAUGCACACAUUUCAAGGCUCGGAACAAAGGGUAGGGGCGAGGAACCAGACAAUAUUGGCGUGAGCACGUACCCUCGUCGAUACCGACGGAGGCACCCUCUGGCCAAAAAAAGC